CGAAGGCCCUCAUCUUUACAUUAAUUACAUUUCUCAUAUUUAUUCUUUCUCUCCCCUAUUUGCUCAUCGAUUUCGAUUUUCGACCCAAAAUGCAAGAGCCCGGAGCUUGAGUUUCAGUGCAAAUCGAACUGGGCUUCGAUCGGCUGCCGUUUAAUCGGUGCUCGUAAACCUAGAUUUCUUAAGCUCCCAUGGCCGAUACUUCCAAGGAAGAUCUUCUGGAGCUGAUCAAGCGUGUCGGAGCUUUUAUCUCCCUCAAGUUUUCCGAUCUCUUUCAUCAACUGGAUUCGCGAUCUGUUGGGGCAGUUGCAGGGUUAGCAUUUGCAAUAUUUUUUACUUGGAGACUAUUGCGAACACCUAAUGCACCUCAAACAAGGCAACCUAAAAGGCAAGGCCCAACAUCUAGUGGUUCCUUUGUUGGUACCCAAGAAAGCAUAGAUGCCUCAUCCUCCAGGGUUAACAAUCCUUCAGAAGAUUCUAGAACCCAGGAUGUGAUUGACGAGUUCUUUCAGCCCGUGAAGCCAACUCUUGGGCAAAUUGUUCGGCAAAGGUUGCGUGAAGGAAGAAAGGUAACAUGUCAGUUGGUUGGUGUUAUUCUUGAGGAAAGCAGUCCUGAGGAGCUGCAGAAGCAAGCAACUGUCAGAUCAUCUGUUCUAGAGGUUCUGCUUGAGAUCACUAAGUUUUGUGAUCUUUAUCUUAUGGAAAGAGUGCUGGAUGAUGACAGCGAAAUCACUUAUAUGCUGGAUGAAUUUGUGCAGAAGAAUGUUCUUACAGCAUUAGAAGGUGCUGGAGUAUUUACGUCUGGUGGCCUAGUCAAAGAUAAGGUUCUUUUCUGCAGCACAGAAAACGGGCGGACUUCAUUUGUAAGACAACUAGAACCCGAUUGGCACAUAGACUCCAAUCCUGAAAUUGUUACCCAGUUAGCCAGAUUCAUCAAGUAUCAGCUUCACGUCUCACCUGCCAAGCUCGAAAAGCCUUCCCCCAAUGUCUUCUCAGCAACAUCCUUGGAACAAUUCUUUGGAUGCGCCUAAUUGUAACAGUGCUGCUGAUUUCUUAAAGCAAAUAUCUUCUGAUACAAGCAUAAAACUUCAGCCACAUUGAGAUAGUGUAUUGUGGAUGGUUUACAAUGGCUUUGCUCGUUGCUCAUGAUUUUUUUUUUUUUUUUUUNACUCAGCUAACGGCUAACUGCCUUUCCUGUCACAACCGCUGUAUCAUUUUCUUCUUUUCAACUAUUUUUAGCUGUAGUUAGCACAUCAAAAUAUAUCCAAUUGGCAUUGCCAGAAUGUGUGGCUUUUUUAUUUAAAAAAACAAAGGAGAAUAUUUGUUUUAUCUGUAUUCUUUGGAGAAUGAAAAUGUGUGUUUUAUCGGUAA